CAACGUGGUCGUCAGAAUUGGUGCUAAUCAUUUGCAUAGCACGAUCAUAAUAGAAAUUUAAUUACUUACCGAUUUUGUGAAAAAUGUAUAAAAGAGGUCCGUAUGCUCGCUGGUCAUCCAGUUCAACAAAUAAGUUUAGCUUAGUGAUUCGCUACGUCUAUAAUCGAAAGACGUAAUUUUAGAUAUACUUUGUGUACCCUUUCCUUCGACUGUUUUAUCCUUUGUGGCGUAGAACAUGAAAUUCGUUCUAGUGGUAAUAUUUGUGGUGCUGGGAACCGCUUACAGCCGAUCUAUUCCCGUAAAAUCGUCAGAUAUCAGUGUCGUUGAUGUCAAUGGAAGUCAAAUUCCUCUAAUAAGAAAAGUUCGCCAAUUCGGUUCAGGUGGACAAUACGGUCAAGGUCAAUAUGGUGGACAAUACGGUCAAGGACUAAACGGUUAUGGUGGUUAUGGUGGACAAUAUGGUCAGGGACAGUAUGGUCAAGGUCAAUACGGUCAGGGACAAUACGGUCAGGGACAAUAUGGUCAAGGUCAAGGUCAAUAUUAUAACAAUUUUGAUUUGAAUCCGUUUAACGACUCACCAAACAACUUUGACUUAAAUCCUUUUAAUAAUACGUUUGGCAAGAAGAAGAAGUAGAGGCAAGACUUGAGAUACAAUUAAUGAAAUUAAAGAAUUCCAUCAACUUUUUUUAAACAAA